CAUCAAUCGUAUUUGAUGCUGUUGGUUGUUGUCGCUUAUGGAUGGCGCGUAGUUUGAAUCGCUGGCUGCUGAUUGACAUGAAGUGAGAAAUAUAAGCUGAUAUUUGCUGCGAGUUUCCGCUUGUAAGGUGGUGAGGUAAAAACUGCAAAAUGAGCUGGGUUGUCGAAGAGUGGAAGGAAGGGCUUCCCACAAAGACUCUUCAGAAAAUUCAGGAACUGGAAAGUCAGUUGGACAAACUGAAAAAGGACCGUCAACAAAGACAGUUUCAACUAGAGUCUUUAGAGGCAGCAUUCCAGAAGCAGAAACAAAAGGUUGAUAGUGAAAAAGGUGAAGUGGUAGCACUAAGAAGAGAGAACCAGAGUUUGAUUGAAUUGUGUGACAAUAAUGACAAAAUGAAGCAAAAACUAACCCAUGAUUACCAGAUGAAGGAAACACAAGUCAACUUCCUGGAAGGACAAAUGAGUUCAAGCAAAAAGCAAAUCGAAAAACUGGAACAAGAACUGAAAAGAUAUAAAAAUGAUCUUGAAAGAAGCCAACAAUCGUUCAAUGUCUCGGACAUGUCUUUGUGUGCGACUCCUCAGAAAAACUGUGCUACUUUUACUACCCCUAAUAAAUACAACGAUUCAAAAUAUGAGGAAUUGGAAGAAAAGUACAACAAAGAAGUUGAAGAAAGAAGAAGGAUUGAAAAUGAAUUAAAAAUGCUACAGUUGAAAAAUGUAAAUCAGCCAUCUCAGACCCAGAGUACCAUGAACCAUAGAGACAUUGCUCGUCACCAGGCCUCUUCCUCUGUGUUUUCAUGGCAACAAGACAGAACGCCAAGUCGCACUUCUCAUAAUAGUCACGAAACAACUCUGAAGAGAACGUAUGCCUCAUCCCAGUGCUCGUGGGAUCAAGAGGAAACUCCAAGCAAGAGAGGCUUUAAACCAGACAAUUCUAACAAAAGCUUCUGUGACUCCUACAAUAAUCAGGUUUCUGAUCAGUUAAGAGUUCAAAACCAAGAGCUGCGAUCAAAAAUUAAUGAAAUGGAGAUACGCUUACAAGUCCAGGAAAAAGAUUUGAAAAAUCAGCUUAACAAAUUCCAGGAGACACAGAUUCUGCUUGAGAAAACUCAGAUGGAACUUCUUGAAAAGGAUAAAGAACUAGCAAAAAGCAGGGAUGACUUGGCACGAAUGACUAGGCAAUUUGAACAGUCUGUUGAUAAGUGCAAUUUGUCAGAACAAAAAUUAAAGAAGGUUUCGGAAGAGCUGAGCUGUCAGAGGCAGAAUGCAGAGAGUGCGCGAAUCACUGUUGAGCAGAAACUGAAGGAAAGAGAAAAAGAAAACCAACAGGAGCUAUCACGGCAACAAAGUGCACUUCAAACUAUGGAACAGCAGCUGAAUCAGAUACAAAACAAACUGAGCCAAGAGUCCCAACAAGCUAAAAAUGACUUCAAUUCAAUCCAGUCGGAACUUGACAAAGCAACUCAAGCAAAGAAACUUUUAGAAAUUGAUACAGAAGAAUUGAAACAGAAGCUCUGCAAAACACAAAAGGCCUUGCAAGAAAGCCAGAGUAAGGAAAGUGAUUGUAAGAGACUUCUUGAAGAAGCAAAGUCUGCGCAAAAUGCCAUCAAAGGACAAUAUGAUCAGAAGUCAAAAGAAACUCAUAAAUUAGAAGAAGAAUUUAAGUCUACAAAUGAAACCUUAAGGCACAACCUGGAUGAAAUUAAAAAUAAGCAUAAAAUCCUAGAAGAACAAUUUAAAUCUGCAACUCAGAAUUCGCAAGUUCAAGAGUGUCCCAACUGUACCACUUUGAAAGCAACUCUGUCUAAUUUGGAAAAAGAAAAAGACUUUGCACAAGAAUUGCUGAAGAAAAGAGAAUUUGUGUUGUCUCUAGUAAUGGAAGAAAAUGAUACUUUAAAAAAACAAUGUGAGAAUAAAGGACAAGAGUGCAUAGAACUUGGCAACAGGAAAAAUGAACAAGAAAAAGUUAACGCUCAAGUUUGUAAUGAAAAAGAUUUGUUACUGAAGAAAAUGAAUGACCUUGAAAUGUCACUUCAGUCCCAGGUACAUUUGCUAGAAACUGAGAAGAUAGAGUUAAAUAAUCAGAUUAAGACUUUACAAAACAUUGUUGAUGUUAAAACGGCUGAUUUACUUAAUGAGAAAAAUGCAUUCAAUGAACUUCAACGAGCACUAGAUGCUGCUGACCAAAAAUUUAAAACUGAAAAUGAUAACUUAGUGUUGAAAAUAUCUGACCUCCGAGCAAAGAUUGAAGAACAAAAAUCUUCCAUUUGUUUGGAUCAAGUCUCUGGUCUCGAGCAUGUGUUACAGAAAGAGAAGCAACUGAACUUUGAGUUGCAAAGACAGUGUGAGGAUCUUCUGAAAAACAAAGCGGAGGUUCAAGAACGUCUUACUGAAUCGCAAGAAAACCAUGAACAUUUUGUCAUUGAGUCCACAAGUCAACUUGAAAGCUUACAGAAUAAUGUUUCAUCUAAACAAAAUUAUAUUGAAACAUUAGAAUCUGCCAUUAAAGAAAAAGAAAACGAAAUUAGUGCAUUAUCAAAUAAAUUAAGAAUUACGGACACAGACAUACAAUCCACUCAAGACUCCAAUACAUUGCUUAGAAAUAAAAUACAAGAACUGAAUCUGCAUUCUGAGUCAUGGUCAGUUGAAAAGGAAAAACUGGCAACGCUAAUUAGUUCUACUCAACGAGACAUUGAAUCACUUACAAAUGAAAAUAAAAGGAUCAGUGAGGUCAACGAGUCUCUAAAUUAUGAAAAAACUCAAUUGCUAAAAGCAAACAUUGACUUAAAUCAUAUAUUACAAGAGAGAGAGAGAACUAUUUCUGAAAUGGUCAAAACAAAAAACGACGAUGACCAGUUAAUGCUUGAUGAUAGUAGAAUUAACAGUGUAAAUAAGUUUGACAACAUGAAACUGGAAUCGGUAUAUAAGGAUCUGGAGAAUAAAAAUGAACAGUUGCUUAAAGCAAACAAAGAACUUGUUGCUUUAGUUGAUUCACUCCAAAAUAACGAGUUGUCCUUAAAUAAAGUAAUAGAAGAAUUGAGAUCUUGUUUAAAGGAUGCAGUUAGCAAGCCAAAUAAAAUUGAUGUCCUUCAAAUGGACCUUGAUGAAAAGGAUGUUUGUAUGGAAAAUAGUAAUGAGAAGGGUGCUCUAAAGGAAAGUUUUGCAAAAAUAAAUACAGAGAAUAAACUAGAGCAAGAUGAACUCAUAACACUUAAGAAGAACAAGCUCCAAGAGUCUUCAGCUAACCUUAGUGUGAAAGAGCAAUCUUUUGAUAUGGAUGAAACUGAAAUGAAUGAUGAAUGUGUGAAAGUUUCUCAUCUUUUGGUAGAUCUCUCUGAUGUCUAUAGGACUGAUGAAAUAAAUGAGAAUACGUCAGAACAUUGCAAUGCUAAAACAUUUGCUGAUCAUGAUAUACAGUAUGUUAAAGGGAGUAGGUCACUUGCAUUUGAAAGCAACAGAGCAGCUCUUGACAGAAUUGUAGAGCUUCAAUCCCUUAAUGAGACUCUUAGAGUUGAAAAUGUUGAGCUGCUGAAUAAGUUGAAAGAGAUGAGUUCUAAUUCAAGAGACCUUAGACAAGAUGUUUUUGAACACAGAGAGCAAAACUCUCACUUGCAGUAUCGAGACCAAUAUGCUCUUGCUGAAGAUACAGAAAUCAUCUCACUUCAGCAUCUUAGUCAAGUAGAGGCGGCACCUUCAACUGAUCAAGAAGACAACAAAACAGAAGGUAAAACUGAAAGUGAUCUAAAAGAUUUGCUGGCAGUUUACCAAACAGAAUUAACCACUUUAAAAAAACAACAUUCAUCAGACAUUGCAGCAUGGCAAGAAAAGUUAAAAGGUCAAACCAUAGAAAUGGAAACAAAACUGGCAGCUGAGAAACAACAUACUGAACAUAUAUUCCUUGAACUUGAAGCAGCAAGACUUGAACUGCAGACUCUUGACUUAAGUUCACGAUCAUUUUUGGCAUUUGACAGCGAUGAUGUAACAAAAACAUUUGAAGCCAUGAAUCAGACCAUCUGCACUGUUUUGCCGAUGGCAAAAUUAUCCAUUGGUUUGGAUUGCAGCGAAAGUUCAGUGUCUGAAACAGCAUCUGUGGUCAGCAAAGUUGAAACUAUUUUGGAUCCUUUGAGUUUGGAGAAACAUGGUGAAAAGUCGAGGACUUCUAAAGAACGAGAUGAAUAUUCUUGCAGCUCUACAAGUAACAGUUCUUCACUUAAUAACCCUUCAGAAAAUACUUUGAGUAACCUUAAAAUUCAAACCAUUCUUGAAAACUUCAAGAGACAGAUUCAGCAAACGUCUGGUGAAAAUAUAAAACUCCUUAAACUUGUUGAGGAUGGGGAAAGGAAGGUGAAUAGUUUAUUUUUGCAAGUAGAAGAUCUCAAUAAGCAGAUUGAGCAAGACCAGGCUGAUCUUAUUGGAAAAGAGAAUGCAAACACAGUACUUGAAAAUAAAUCAUUGGAACUUGAGAAUGAAAGAAAACUACUAUCUGAAAAAGUAGAGUUUCUUUCCAAUGAGAAACUGCAGUUAUCCAGUAGAGUUGGGGAUCUUGAAAAGGAGCUCGAUAACAUUUCUAAUACAAUGGAUAUGCUUAAAAAGACAAUAGAUAGUUUGGAAAUAGCUAGUGGAGAUUGGAGAGAAAAGUAUCUUGAAACUGAAAAUGAGUUAAGAAGGUCAAAAUCUGAAAACGCAAACAUUGAAAAGCAUGCUUUAUCUUUGGAAGUAGAUCUAGAUAACCUUCAUUCCAAAUAUCAACAUUUACAAGAAGAAAAUGAGGGCACUCUGAAGUCUAUCACUGCUUUACAAGAGCGUCUUAAUAUGGUUCUAACAGAGAAAGCACAAAUGAAUCAAGAGAUGGAUAAUAUGGCAGAAGAGAAAGAAGAGUUUGAGCAGUUGUAUCAAAAACUGAAAGAAAGGGAAAAAGAUCUUGAAUUACAUCAAAUAAAUGAUCGAGAAAUGAUAAAUAUACUAGAAGUUGAAAUACGUACAUUAAAGGUAGAGCUUCAAGCUGCAAAAUCUGUCUCAGAACAGUUGUCUGCAGAAAAAGAAAGUCUUAAACUUUUAGAAGAAUCUGGAAAAAGCACCCAUUUGAAAAUAGAAGAACUGCAUGUCCAAUUACAACAGAUAGAGGCGGAGAAGCAACAGUUGCUGAAGAAACUGGAAGAGUUGCAAAUUAAACUGAAUGAAGCAUACGAUGAGAAACAUACACUUUCCAAGGCUUUAGAAUGCUGUCAGUUUGAGAAACGUGAAAUAAACACAAGACUGAGCUCUACACAGGAGGAAGUUGCAUUAAUGCGCACUGGCAUUGAAAAACUCAAAGUUAAAAUAGAAUCUGAUGAAAAGAAAAAGCAGAAUAUGAUCGAGAAGUUAAAAGAGAGUGGACGGAGUGCAGAUAAGCUGAAAGAUAGAAUUGAGAGUCUUGAACGAGAGUUGCUCAUGUCUGAGGAAAAUCUUGAAGACGCAAUCCUUCAGACAGAGGCAGCUAAAGAGGAAGUAGAAAAGAUGAAGACUCAAAAGGAGGCUUUCGAGAUCGAUUUGAAAACUUUCAGAAGAAAAAUAAUAGAUUUAGAAAAGGAGCUUCAGAAAAGUCAUGAGAAGAUAAUCGAACUGGAAACAACAGUGGCAACCCUUUCAAAUACGCUAGAGAAAACUGAAAUUAAAAUGAGCCAUUUAGAGGAGACAGAGAAGGAAGUUAAUUUUCUUCAGACUCAAUUGAAAGAGCUGCAUGACCAGAAAUAUCUUUCAGAUCAGAGAUCUGAAGCAGCUGCUGCACGAGAAGUUGAUCUUGUUUCUUUAAUGGAACAAACUAAAACACAGAUGUUGCAACAGUUAGAGGAAGCAGAACUGAACAUCAGAAAUCUAGAAUCAUCUGGUGAGAAAAUGGCCACUGAACUAGAUGAAAAGACUCAGUAUAUUGUAAUUCUAGAGAACAAAGUUAAAUCUGCUGAAGACUUGGAAAGUAAAUAUUAUGCUGAGUUGUCACAUUUUGAAACUGAACAAGAAAUCUUCAGAAAUGAAAAGGCAAAUCUUCAGAUUAUGCUAGAUAAACUUGAUUCAAAGGUCCAGAGCCUUUCUGUGAUUAAUGAGACUUUGGAAGGAACAGUUGCUGAUCUGAAAUCUACCUGCAAGGAUCUUGAAAUGCAAUUGGAGUCCUCUACUGAGGAAAAGGUUGAGCUAUAUCCUAUAAUAUCGGAAAAAGAGAAACUUGCUCUGGAACUCAAUGAAUGCAAAGUGAAAUUAGAUGAGAAGACGGAAUGCAUUCUCAUGCUAGAGGACAAAGUUAAAGAAGGGGAGAAAUUGGAAUAUAAAUACUCUGCUGCUUUGUCAUGUUUUGAAGCUGACCGUGAGACCUUUAUAACUGAAAAGGAAAAUCUACAAAAUAUUCUAAAUAUGUUAGAAUCAAAAGUACAGGUUAUUUCUACCACUAAUAAUUCAUAUGAAAUUACAAUUGCGGAUCUCAGAGCAUCUUGCAGUGAUCUUCGGACACAACUGGAAACAGCUGCUGCUGAAAAAACUGCUUUAUUGCAAAAGGUUGAAGAACUGGAAGAAAAAUGUACUGAUCUACAAAGCAAACUACAAGAAGCAAAUCUAUAUAUCAAAACUAUUCAAGAGGAGAUCUCGCUGGAAAGGAAGACAUGUGAUGAGCGGAUGCAAACCGUUGCACAGCAGUAUGAAGAGAGCAAUGCUGAAUUAGCUGCUAUGUCUUCAGAAAAGGCUGAAACACUUACUCUGGAACUAGAGCAAUACAAACUGAAACUAGAUGAAAAGACCAAAUGCAUCCUUUUACUGGAGGACAAAGUUAAAGAUGCUGAGCAGCUGGAAAAUAAAUACUCCACAGAAUUAUCUUGUUUGGAAGAUGAGCGGGAUACCUUAAUAAAGGAAAAGGAGAAUCUGCAGAAUAUGCUAGAAACCUUAAAGGCAAAGCUCCAGUCCAUUACCAUGGCCAAUGAUUCCUCUGAAACGACAAUUGCUGAUCUCGGAACGUCUUGUCAAGAUCUUCAAGCACAAUUAGAGUCAUCCACUGCUGAAAAAACUGCUCUUUUACUUAAGGUUGGGGAGUUAGAAGAAAAAUGCACUAGUCUGCAAUGCAAAUUACAGGAUGCUGAUCUGCAAGUCAAAACUAUUCAAGAGGAGAUUGCUUUGGAAAGGACGAUUCUUGAUGAGAAAAUGCAAGCAAUUACACAACAAUAUCAGGAAGGCUAUGCUCAGCUGAUUGCUGUGUCAUCAGAAAACGAUGAAAUGAAAUUGAUAAUUGUAAACCUUCAGUUGGAAUUGGAAGUGCAGACAAAGAGGGCAGUGGAAUUUCAGGAACAUCAACUUCAGAUUGGUUCAGAUCAGCGUUCUCUGCUAGAUGACAUGUCCACAAAGCACAAAGAAGACAUUCAGCAUUACCAAGAGAAGCUAUCAUCAGCUGAAGGACUUCUAAACGCUCACAAACAUGAGAUUGAUUGCUUAAAAACAAGCAAUGGGGAAUUGGCUCAGUCAUUGAGCAAUGCACAGAGGCAGCUGGUAGAGUUUAACCAACUUAAGACCGACAUUGCUCAGCUGAAGAAGGAAAAUGAGACUAAAUGCAAUAAACUAGAUCAUUUAAAGAAAUCAUGUAAACAACUGGAACAUGAUAAAGAGCAGCUGCAGAAACAUAUCUUGAAGCAGGAACAGGCCUCAAAUGACUUCAUUCAGAAACCGAAAAGUGCAGAGUUGGACACUAGUGAGAAUGAUUUAAUAUCAGAGAUGGAAGAACUUAAGCAGUCCUUGGAAGAAAAGACAUUGGAAGCCGAUGAGACAGUUGAAAAAUACUGUACUUUGCUAAUAAAAUCCCAUAAACUUGAGGAUGCUAAUGAUACAUUAAGAAAUCAAAUAGACUUUUUGAAUUCAAAGCUGAAGCAAUAUGAAAGUGCAAAAGAAGUUAGCGCUACGUCACAGCCCUCUGAAACUACCGUAAAUAACAAAAGAGGUUUGAAAAACAAGGGAACAUUACAGGGUGAAAGAAAGAAAUGUGGCAAGAGGCAACGAGGUGAAGACAACUCUGAAGAACAAAAAUCUACAACACCCCUGAGGAUGUCAAAAAGGAUAAGAAAGACAGCAAGUAAUACUAAACAUACAGGGAGUGAGGAAGAAGCGUACUUUGAGCCAGAUGGACUUCCAGAGAUUGUAAAACAAGGAUUUUCUGACAUUCCAUCAGGAAAACGAAGUCCAUUUGUUUUGCGCAGAACUGCGUUACCUGUAAGGACAAGUCCUCGUCUUGCUGCCCAAAGUAAUUCUCCUUCUGCACAAACUUUAUUCAAAGAUAAUUUGGAAAAUUGUGAUGUAUUUUCUAGUCCAGCAGCAGGUGGCAGUAAAGCACAGAUGGUAAAAGACUUAGAAGCUACUCAGCUGGCAUCAGAUAUUCGAUCAAUGGAAAUUUCAUCACCACUUUCUGCCCACAACAGGCUCAAAAGAACAGCUCCUGAAAGCCCAAUGUGUAUUGGGAACGUUGCUAAAGAAAAAACAAACAUCAAGGCUUUACAUGAAGAAUCUGAAAACGAAGAAACAUGUCAUGUACAAUAAUAUUAACAUGAGACAUGUAAUAACAUAAAUACAAUUGUUUUUAUUUUAUUUUAUAAUUCAAACGGCUACAUUUUAGAAUGGAAUGCUAGAGAGAUGUUGUACAGAAAAUGUUUUUGUAAACAGUUUUAUAAAUAACUUUUUAAAUUCUUUUUAGAUAUUUUAUACUGUGUAAAUAUUGCUCCUAUGUAUAGAGAAAGCAGCCAUAAUUAUUUUACCUUGUCAGUUUUAAUUGUGAGGCCCUAACAUAAUUUUUCUUGGUAAGCGGAGUUCAGGAAUGAGCUUGCAUACUUCACUUAAAGAUCUGAUAUAGACUUGUCAACAAUGACAUUAAAUACCUGUAAAUUAUCUUGUAAUCUGUUUUGUAUAAUUUGCUUGUUAAAUUAAAAUGUCUCUGUUCAGUCA